CAACUUCUUCCAUUUUGUCACGUGGGAUCUAGUGACUGUCUUAACAGUCUGUUUCUGAAGAUAUAUUUGAAUAUCUUCUAAAUUUUAUAAGUUAUCGAAACAGAUUUCAUACAAGAAAUUAAACAAUAAUCAUGGCAACCGUUUUACAAAAGAUUGCCGAGAUAGAGGCAGAGAUGGCUCGAACUCAAAGAAAUAAGGCCACUAGUGGGCAUCUUGGUAUGUUAAAAGCCAAGUUAGCCAAGUUUAGAAGAGAAUUGAUUGAACCUAAAGGUGGUGGUGGUGGAGACAAAGGAGAAGGCUUUGAUGUUGCCAAGACUGGUGAUGCUAGAAUUGGAUUUGUGGGUUUUCCAUCAGUGGGUAAAUCGACAUUAUUAAGUAAUUUAGCUGGUGUAUAUUCUGAAGUUGCUGCGUAUGAAUUUACAACUUUAACAACCGUACCAGGUGUUAUCAGAUAUAAGGGAGCCAAAAUUCAGUUGUUAGAUUUACCUGGUAUUAUUGAAGGUGCUAAAGAUGGUAAAGGUCGUGGUAAACAGGUGAUUGCAGUGGCAAGAACUUGUAGCUUAAUUUACAUUGUGUUAGAUGUUUUAAAACCUCUACAACAUAAACGUCUGUUAGAGAAAGAAUUAGAGGGGUUUGGUAUUCGUUUAAAUAAACAACCCCCUAAUAUUGUUUUUAAACGUAAAGAUAAGGGUGGACUCAAUCUUACAGCUACGGUGGCACAAUCUGAAUUAGACUUAGAUUUAGUGAAGACUAUUCUCAAUGAAUACAAGAUAAAUAAUGCCGAUAUUACGCUACGUAUUGACGCCACAGCGGAAGAUUUGAUUGAUGUUAUAGAAGGAAAUCGAGUCUAUGUUCCCUGUAUUUAUAUACUUAAUAAAAUAGAUCAAAUUUCUAUAGAGGAAUUAGAUCUAGUAUAUAAAGUACCACAUUGUGUACCUAUCUCAGCGCAUCAUAAAUGGAACUUUGAUGAUUUGUUAGAAAAAAUGUGGGAAUAUUUAAUGUUGGUUAGAAUAUAUACGAAACCUAAAGGUCAAUUACCAGAUUACACAGCACCCGUUGUGUUGACAGGAGGAAAAACCACCAUAGAAGAUUUCGCUAAUAAACUACAUAGAUCUAUAAUGAAAGAAUUUAAAUAUGCUUUAGUGUGGGGAUCUUCUGUAAAACAUCAGCCUCAGAAAGUUGGUAAAACACAUACAUUACAAGAUGAAGAUGUUGUACAGAUUGUUAAAAAGUUAUGAGGAAGAUCUGAUUAUUCCAAACUUCUGUUACCUAUCUUCCUAACUUUUAAGUCAUUCAGUUUGAAAAAAUAAUAAGUGCCAUUAUCAACAAAGAGUGUUGCCAUAGCUACAGUGUCAUGUGUUAUAGUUUACAAUUGAAACAAAAGAUGAACCCUGGCAAUGAAAUCAGUCUUUGGUGAAUUGUGAAAAAAUUUGAGUGAUUAGAUAUUAAUUUAUGGGUCUGCAUCACAAUAGACUAAAUGGAAUUAAGAAAAAUAUAAAAAAUCUUGUAUCGUUCUUCUUUAAAACUCUGUGGUGAGUGAUUGAAUAUUAGUUUCUGAUUCUGCAUCACAAAACACUGAAGGAAAAGAUUGAACUAAAUGGAAUUAAGAAAAAUAUAAAAAUCUUUAUCGUUCUUCUUUUAAACACUGUUGUGAGAAUUUACAGAAACAUACUCUUGAUGCAUAUGAAGAGUCCAGGGGAAGAACGAUCUACAUGUAAGUCACAUUUUUGUCUUCUCGCAUAAAAGGCAAAACAGGCUUUUAGACGAGAAUGCUUGACACGAACAGAACAAAGAGUGGAUUUAAUUACAACUUCAAAAUGAUGUUUAAUACGAAUCAUAAUUACCAGUACAACAACUAACUUCCACUUUUCAGCCAAAUAAAGGUCAAAUAAAAAGGGUACGAUGGACGUAUUUGUCCGGGAGGCCUUAGUUCGAUGUGACUCUGAUCGUUUUUACCUCAAAUUAUUGUUCCACAGAAAGCUUAUACAAUUUGCUACCAGAUGGCGCCAUUAACUUGGGUUCGUUGAAAAAGUAACUUUGAUUGUUCUUCCCCGGGGCUCUUCAUAUAUAGCUACUGUUGGAACUUCGAGUUAUUGUGAAAAAAUUUGAGUGAAAAGAAAUUCAUGAGUAAUAAAAAUCUUGUGGCAGUUUUCUUAAAAACAAAAAACGAGAAAUAUACCGUUGGUGUAAAAAGCUUCUACUGGACUUUAGACUUGUUUUGCUUGUUAAAUAUUGUUUCAGAUUGGUUUAUGAAGUAUAAUUCUAAGGUGUGUUCAGUUUGAAUAAUAUAUGUAAAUAAAUUAAACUAAUGCAUUCAUUCGGAGUUAUAAAUCACAUCAACAAAUGUCA